AUGGCGUCUCCAGCCCAUCGUCCCGCUCACUUCCAGGCCAAUUCCAGUGGAUAUAACCGCAGAGGAGGUCGUGUACUUCCUCACCUCGUCGAGCUCUCACAGUGCUUGCUCGAUUUCGUCGUCCAACUUCUGCCCACCAAGGAAGAGGUCUCUGUAAAGGAAGAUGUCCGCAAACUGCUAGAGCGGCUGAUCAGAACGAUCGAGCCCUCCUCACAGUUGCUCAGCUUUGGAUCUACCGCGAAUGGAUUUGAGCUCAAGAACUCUGACAUGGAUUUGUGUUGUGUGCUCGACGUGCGACCUGAAACCCCGCCCAAUGCCUCACAAUUCGUUCUGCGUGCUGCUCAGCUGCUAGAAAGGGAGACUAAAUUUGCAGUCAAACCCCUUCCCAAUGCCCGUAUUCCCAUUAUUAAACUAUCGCUUCAACCUUCACCUAGUAUCCCUUUCGGAAUCGCUUGCGACAUUGGAUUCGAGAACCGCCUCGCCCUGGAAAACACGCGGCUUUUAUUUACCUAUGCGGCCAUUGAUCCUACACGAGUGCGGACUCUGGUCUUGUUUUUAAAACUAUGGGCCAAACGACGGAAAAUUAACAGUCCCUAUCAUGGAACUCUCUCUAGUUAUGGAUACGCCCUCCUAGUCAUCUUCUUCUUGGUCCAUGUAAAAGAUCCGCCUGUGUUGCCCAACCUCCAACAGAUGCCUCCUAUGAGGCCUAUUUCUCCCUCGGAAACCCACAUUGACGGCCGAAAUGUUUGGUUCUUCGAUGACAUUGAAUUACUCAGAAGAAAGUGGCAAUCACCAAAUACGGAGACCAUUGGCGAGUUACUGCUGGAUUUCUUCAGGUACUUUUCCCGAGACUUCAGCUACGGAACCUCCGUAGCCUCCAUCCGUGCCGGCCAUCUAUCAAAAGAAACCAAGGUUGAUGCGAAUAAGCCGCCUGACCCACGAGAAGGAACGAGUCUUUGGAUAGAGGACCCUUUCGCAACCGACUUCAAUGUUGGUCGCUGUGUUACUAGAGACGGAUUGUAUACUAUACGAGGCGAGUUUAUGCGCGCACUUCGAAUAUUAAACACAAAGCACGAACCCGCAGGGGUAUCGCUUGCUACGCUUUGCGAGGAACGGGAGUCUGAAGUCCCACAAAGUGCCCAACGAAACUCGUUCCGACAUAACGUAGACUCGCCACGUUCCCGAUCGGCCGGUGUCUCCCCCGUUAUUCCUCGAUUGAAUCUGGCCCCUGCUGCGCCACAAGAGUUUAAACCCCAGUUCGCUCCAUCUACACCUAUUACAAUAUCGAGUCCCGACAGCCUUCAAGCACCUACAUUCGUUCCAGCUGUAUUACCCCCGACUAUGGUUCCGCCGCCGCACAUGGCACCUCAACGAGCCAAAUGGACAAGCCCCCCACCUGAUCAUGCGCCCCCACAACGGCAUAAUUCGUUUAAUGAAAAGCUCGAGUCGGGCAUCAAGCUCGCGGUCUCGCAUCCGCCAAUGUUGCGAACAGCGACACGCUCAUCAACAGGUAGCAGUGCUACCGAUGACGACGUAGACGACGUUUUGGACGUCAACACUCGAUCAUCGUCUCCGGCGAGUUCGACUGGUCCUCUCAUUGCCGAGUUCAAACCAAGGACUCGUGCUCCGCCUCGAAUACAAGAAGCGGUCGAAGAAGAGCACUCCUCCACGCCAAAACCUUUCCUACCUCAGCAGUCUCAACAUGGACGAUUUGCGACGGCUCCUGCGACAGUCAUGGACGCCAAAAACCGAGACUAUACUCAAAUACACUCUACCCUACCCACGAUAUCGAUACCUUCUCAGCUUCCGUUCUUCCCUCCACCUCCAUAUAGCGCAAAUGCGCUCCAAUGGUCGAUGGAUUACGGAUACGGCUUUGCUGUCAACCCCCCACCCAGGGCUAAUCCUGGAUAUCAGCCGCCACGGCACGGCCGAUAUAACAGCCACAAGUCUUAUACUCCCACUACUUCCUUCGGUGCUAACCAUUCGAGAAUUUCCCCCAUGGUCCAGCAUGUGGCGCCUUUCUCGCUCCCAUCGCCUCAGCAAUUACCGACCCCGCCUGUCUCAUCCCCAUGUUCGAACCAACAGCAUUCACCUACGUCGCCACAGGCACCUUUAUUGCGUUUGGAUGAGCCGUCUGCGAGAUGA